AUGGACUCUUCUAGUGCGGGCCCAGAUUCUAUGGAUAUCGACUUGGAUGAGUUGGAGGAUGAAGCUGAACUGCCUCUGUCAGACCUCAAUGUGGAGGAUACCAACAUUGUCUUUAUAAUAGAUGAUGAUGAUGAUGAUGUUGAAGGAGACAGUGCGCUGGAUGAGGAAGAGGAAGAGGAGCUGGAUGUGGAUGAAAAUGAGAGGAUGGUUGGCAAGCUGUGGAGCGUGAAAAUAUAG